UCCUUCUGAUUCUUCUUUUGUGUCACAAGCCGGAGAAGAGAGACGCGCGCUCUGUGUGUGUCUGGGUGUGGGGUGGGGGGGUGGUCGUGUCUGAUCAUGGCGGAGCUGCAGUCGAGUUGGUCGAAUAUGUAGAUAUUCUCACUACUUUUCUUUUGUCGAGCACAAAGAAAAUAAUAUUUUAGUUAAAUGUAAGUUGUGUCUUGGAUCAAAGAUCCCACCUACUGCCUAAAACAGCAAUUCAAAUCUGCUGAAACAGCUACAAAAGCAACAUGCUUCGACGAAGCUAGUAAAGAGAGACACAGACUCCGAUGUCACUUCCCCUCCACCACCACCACUUAAGGAUUAACUCUGCCUCUGCUCAUCAUUGCAGCACUGAAGUGUGAGGAUGUUUCGUUCUACCUGAGCUUCCUUCCUCACCUUUAUUCCUCAACGCUCUCUGUCGCCAUCCCAUCAUGAACCUGCUGUGUCGUGGACGUCUAAAGCUUUUAGUGGCGUCUCUAACAGCUGUUGUGCUGCUCACCUGGCUCUACCUGCUGUCUGGAAAUAUUGAGAAUGAUCACUCCAUUUUAAUUCCUCCCUGUAUGACGGACACACCUGUAUCUCCAGUCCUGGAACGAGCUGUCCUUGAGGCACGGGUUCGAGAGGUGGAGGAAGAAAACAGACGGAUCAAACUACAGCUCAGCCAAUCACAGACAGGUGAGGGAAACUCUGGCAACCAACAGUGGGGGGCCUCUGCUGACACAGGAUCGAAGGAUGGAUACAAGACAGCAGAGGACAAGAACAACCACACGGACUGUGCAAGAUUGCCCACCGUUCAAAAGUGUGAGAUGAUACACAUCGCCUGUGUUUGUGCUGGACACAACGCCAGUAGAGAUGUGGUCACACUUGUCAAAUCUGUCCUCUUUCACAGGAGAAACCCUCUUCACUUCCAUUUUAUCACCGAUGCUGUGGCCAACCAAAUUCUGAGUUCUCUAUUUCAGUCAUGGAUGGUCCCUUCUUUGCAAGUUAGUUUCUACGAUGCAGAUAAACUCAAGUCGGAGGUGUCAUGGAUACCAAACAAGCAUUACUCAGGUAUAUACGGCCUGAUGAAGCUGACGCUAACCAAAGCCCUUCCACCUGACCUGUCGAAGAUCAUCGUUCUGGACACAGACAUUACCUUUGCCACAGAUAUUGCUGAACUCUGGGGUGUUUUCAGAAAGUUCACAGACAAACAGGUUAUUGGUCUGGUGGAGAACCAGAGUGAUUGGUACCUGGGAAACCUGUGGAAAAAUCACAAACCCUGGCCUGCACUUGGCCGAGGCUUCAACACAGGUGUCAUUCUCCUGUACUUGGAGAGAUUGCGGCGAAUCAAAUGGGAGCAGAUGUGGCGUCUGACAGCAGAGAAAGAGUUAAUGAACAUGCUCAGUACAUCGCUGGCGGAUCAAGACAUCUUCAAUGCCUUCAUAAAGCAGAACCCAGUCUUGGUCCAUCAGUUGCCCUGCUUCUGGAACGUUCAGCUGUCUGAUCACACACGAUCUGAACUCUGCUACACUGAUGUUUCUGACCUCAAGGUAAUCCACUGGAAUUCUCCAAAGAAGCUCCGUGUGAAGAACAAGCAUGUGGAGUUUUUUAGGAACCUUUACUUGACCUUCCUGGAGUAUGACGGAAACUUGCUGCGACGAGAGCUGUUUGGCUGCUGGAGUCAGGCCUGCCUUGAGAGCAUACAACUGCAGAAAGCUCUGGAGGACCUCGACGAGGAUGAUCAGUGUUAUGACUUCCGCCGUGAGCGAAUUACAAUUCAUAGAGUCCACCUGUACUUCCUGCAGUACGAAUAUAUGCUCACUGAGAACGAUGUCACACUCGUGGCCCAACUCUCUAUGGACAGGCUGCAAAUGCUGGAGGCCAUUUGUAAGCACUGGGAAGGUCCCAUCAGCUUGGCGCUUUACAUGUCUGACGCAGAGGCUCAGCAGUUCCUACGCUACGCACAAGCCUCUGAAGUACUGAAGAACCGCAACAACGUGGGCUACCACAUUGUCUACAAGGAGGGCCAGUUCUACCCCGUCAACCUGCUGAGGAAUGUGGCCCUUAAAAAUGCCAACACACCAUACGUUUUCCUGACAGAUGUGGACUUCUUGCCAAUGUACGGUCUCUAUGAGUACCUGAGAAAAAGUGUGGUGCAGUUGGACAUGGCUGGUACAAAGAAAGCUCUGGUGGUUCCAGCUUUUGAGACGUUGCAUUAUCGAUUGUCCUUCCCCAAAUCCAAAGCCGAGCUGCUCUCCAUGCUGGACAUGGGGACACUUUAUACCUUCAGGUAUCAUGUUUGGCCCAAAGGCCAUGCUCCUUCCAACUAUGCCAAAUGGAGAACAUCCACCACACCUUAUAAGGUGGACUGGGAGCCAGACUUUGAACCUUACGUUGUUGUCAAACGAGAUUGUCCGGAAUAUGAUCAGCGUUUUGUAGGCUUUGGCUGGAACAAGGUUUCCCACAUCAUCGAGCUGGAUGCACAGGAGUAUGACCUAAUGGUUCUCCCAAAUGCUUUCAUGAUCCACAUGCCCCACGCUCCAAGCUUUGACAUCUCCAAGUUCCGUUCUAGCACCAGCUACCGCAACUGCCUAAAAACCUUAAAGGACGAGUUCCACCAGGACUUGUCCAGGAAAUAUGGCUCAGGUGCUCUCAAGUACCUUACUGCCCAGAGGAACAUCUAACAAGAUCCUUUUCAGAAGCAAGAAAGCUGAAAAUUCAAGGAUCUCAGACUGGCAAACAUGAUGGUAAAGCUUUGCGGCAUCUUUCAAACGUUCCUGUGCUCGUUGGUUUUACCUAAAUGAGACGAGACAAGAUGGAACGUUGCUUCUCCUAUGGCACUGAUGGAACUCGCGUGUCUAACACAUUGUAAUGAUUUGUUUUAGCAAUCAGGGAUGUUUCUAAACACGAUCCAGUCCGCACUUCAGAGGGGUUAGGUUCAUUUCAAUCAAAAAGGGAACAACAAAAUGGUCAGUCCAACUUUUUCAUGCGUUAUCACUUUUUAAUGUAUUACUUAGCUCAAUUACAGUAAAUACUUAUAUAUAUUUGCAGUGUAAAUAUAAACUUAUGAGAUGUCAUUCAAUUAUUUUAAGCAUUCGUUUGACCACAGUUGAAGGCCAGUUUGAUGUUUGACUAAUUUGUUAUGUGUAUAUAUAUAUACAGUGUUCGUUAUGACUGCAUUAUUUAUUAACGACGUUAUUUAAUAACAAUGCUAGUAACGCCGUUAUGAAAUAAUAUUUAAGUAAUCUGUUACAACGCCGUUAGCGAAAGCUUGAUGGAACAUGGCACGCUACUUUUGAUGUGGUUUUAUUUAUGUCAACAUCAAGACAGCGCCAUAAGCAUAGCAAUUUCAAUGCAGGAAAUAUCUUUUUAGUAGAGAAAGCAACAAGCAGCACCGCAAUAAAAUGAACUUGAUAUUUAAUCAAAAGAGGCACCAUCACACUGUGAAGCAACUGACAACAACAUGCGCACACGUACACGAUGGGAAUAAUGAACAACAAAUCAAUGAUUGAAGUGACAAACUUGUCAUCCAUACAAUACCCCGUUUGUUGACAAGAAGAUAUGACAACCAUCGAAGCAAAUUCAGUCUCUUUAUUAACCAGAGGUAACACAAUACAGUGAACAUAUUCAAAAGAGCUGGCGUCAAAGCCGACACACUGCCGCUGCUAACGGCCAAAACUAACAAACACGGCUACGGCGUUAAAACCCUCGCUGGCGUCACACAUCACUUGGCCUUUUAAAAGCACAGACAAACGCACACUGUGCUUUAUAUAAAAUGUUUAGGAACUGUAAAUGCCAGAUGUUUUUUUUAAAGUAAAGAAAAUUAAAAUUAAUUACAUUUAUUUAAGAGUAAUUCUGUUCGUAAUUCAAUUACUUUUUUGUACUUUUUUUUAUUGUUUAAGUACUUUUUAAAAGUACGUUUUCAGAACACUGUAUAUGUAUACAUUUGAACUUUACAGUACAGGUAAGAACACACUUUCGUUGCAUUAGCUCAUGGUAGUGCAGGAUAAAAGAGCAAUAAGGUGCAGCUACAAAUAAAUAGAUUACUGUACAAAUAAAUAUAUUGCACUUUUGCAUAUGCAUCCACGUUUAUGGAUGUAUGUUAUAUUGUCUUUAUAUUCCAGUGAGUUAAUCCAUUUUUGGGGGGAAUUGAGGGGGUUAUUUUAAUGCGUUCAAGAGUCUUACGGCCUGAGGGAAGAAGCUGUUACAGAACCUGGCGGUUCUGCUACGGAGGCUGCGGAACCUUUUUCUACAGUCCAGCAGUGAAAACAGUCCUUGGUGGGUGUGGGAGGAGUCUCUGCUGAUUUUCUGAGCCCUGGUCAGGCACAACUUUUGCGAUCUCCUGGAUAAGAGGAAGAGGAGUCCUGAUUAUCUUUUCCGCCGUCCUCACCACUCUGCAGAGACUUCCAGUCUGAGGCACUGCAGGCUCCAGUCCAGACAGAGAUGCAGUUGGUCAGUAGGCUCUCUAUAGUGCUCUUUUCAUCCGACGCAAAAAGUGCAUGCGCUGCUGAGCUCUUUUUACAAGAGCUCCGGUGUGUAAGGACCAGGUUAUAUUGUCAGUUAUCUGCACCCCCAGGAACUUGGUGCUGCUUACCAUCUCCACCGCUGUGCCGUUGAUGAAGAGUGGAGUGUGGCUGGACUGGUGCCUCCUGAAGUCGACGAUGAUCUCCUUGGUCUUGUCGGCGUUCAGGACCAGGUUGUUGGUUCUGCACCAGUCAACCAGAUGUUUCACCUCCUCCCUGUAGUCCAUGUCGUUGUUGUCACGGAUGAGGCCCACUACUGUCGUGUCGUCCGCAUACUUCACAAUGUGGUUAGUAGUGGACCUGGCGCAGCAGUCAUGGGUCAUCAACGUGAACAGCAGCGGACUCAGGACGCAGCCCUGGGGGGAGCCGGUGCUCAGGGAGAUGGUACUGGAGGUGUUGUCGCCCACUCUCACAGACUACCACACAGACACGAGAUUUACAAAAACAACCAAAGAUAUAGAAAAAUAUGUUGGGGAAACUGCAGAGAAAAUGUAUUACCUAAAAUGUUACUAGAAAAGUGCAGACCCCACUACCCAACAACAAGUCGGCUGCUAGCUGUGUAUCCAAACGAAGAACAGAGUUUCAACUUUGUCCAAAACUUGUCAAUGCCAGGCUUGGCCGCUGAUUUUUCUUGGAUGGACCUACAUUGUUAGAGCAAAACUGAGAAAAUGUUGUAUAGAAAAACAAAAAAGAUCAGCAAUCAAACACUGGGCAAAGUAGCGCAAUGAGAGGUAAUAACACUGUAUCAAAAGAACAAAUACUAUGGCUUCCAUGACAGCAGAGAAACAAUAGUAAAAAGUAACGACCUAAACCUUACAGAAACGAAGAGCAAAACAUUGACAGAACAUCCACAAAUUAGAAAGAAGACAUAAUAUAAAAGCUAGAAAACAAGGAAGUGGUGGCACACAAUACAGAUUUUAGGUUAACAAUAAUCUGGCGUAUUCCUGGUGUGGAUGGGCACUGGGUUUAUGAAUGAGUUGUUUGCUGAUUGCAUUCCCCUACCUGGUUGCUCCGCCCCCUGUCACCAUACCAAGUUGCCUGCAAACAGUAGAGGACUUUAAACGCCUGACUGGAAACAGGAACUGAUCAAAAACUGAUCAGAGUUUGUUGUAAUGCAGACAAAAGAUUUACUGUGCUCUUCAAAAUAAAUUAACACACAGCCAUUAUUGUCUAACUUAAUCCUCUUGGAUAUGGAAUUAAUCACCUGUUACUGGAAUUCUAUUGUAUUCCUCUGUCAUGACAUCACUGCUGGAACUGAUGCAUGUUGCACACCUUAUGCACCUCCACCUUUCAUUCUUCUCCUUGUGGAUGUUCCGCAAGAGUUUAUUUGUGUGCAGGUGUUUGUCUUCAUCUUCCUCAGCACUUGAUCCUCUUGAAAGUGUGUUUGGAUUCCUUAUCAAUGUCACUACAUGUUGGAAUACAUUUUGGCACUCAUUGAACCGCUGCUCCGUAGCGCCAGCAGCACUCAUGCAGCUUCAGACCUUGAGGCAAGGCACAAUUAUCUCGCCAAAAGAGCAGAAAAAGAUGCUAGUUUACACAAUGCAUGAGAUGUUGCUGGUUGUUCUGCCUCAUUAAACCUGCAAAGAAAAAGGGAGAGGAUCAUGAUCUGCUUUACGACGUCACAGUGCAUGUUCAAAUGUAUCGUCCCUCAAAGCACCGCAGCUUCUCCAGUGCUGACAGCACUCAUGCAGCCCCAUACUGUGACGAUAACACCACCAUGCUAGACUAUAGGCAAUUACUCACAAAUAUUUCCACAAUCAUGGCGUGUUGACUCAUGUUACUGCUGCGCAAGCUGUACACUGUAAAAUAUAUUCUACUCUAUGGUAAAUGUGAGGGCUGUUUCACUUUUGUGCCACUACUUCCUUCUGAGCUACUACUAAACUACUACUCCUACUCCAGAUUUUUGUGAUCAGGGUCAUUCUGUAUGAAUCAGUUAAGUCAGAAGUAGAAUUGUUUUAGAGCAUCUUACAAUGCAAGUUUUGCCUGGAUGCUUUUACACCAACUGGAGAGCAGUUGACAUUUUCGAUUGUAUGUACAGCUGGAGUGUCCAGACGUAUUACACACAGAGUCGCGUGAAUAACAAUUGAAGGAUGGGAGGCACUUCGAUACAUUUUGUAGAUUCAAGAAGCUAAACGCAAUCCUCAGUAAAUCAGUACAUCAGAAUCAGCUUUAUUGGCCAAGUAUGUUUAAAAUGCCAGUCGAGUGGAAAAACAAGUUGUCUCUAUGUUAAAGCUACCAUCAUAUAUAUCUGAUGUAUGACACCGAAAUACUUACAAAGUUUGCGAGUAAAUAGAUACAGUAUGAUGAAAAUAGUAUCAAUCUCACAGAGAUUACCAAGCCAUUUUGAGAGAUAAUGAGCGAGCCAGACACGUCAUUGCGUGACAAAGAGUUAGGAACCACAGAUCUCUUCCCCACCAACAACAUUGCAAAUCAUGCAGAAUUUGUGAGAGCCAACAACGAUUACUUUGGGAAAAAUUAUGAUCCAGAAACUAAUAUUGUAGAUCCUGAAUGUAAGGAGGAUGAGCUACAAGUUUGAGAAGCUCUGCUAAACAAAUCCAACUUUAAUGAAACACUAAGCAUCAUGUCGCAGUACUGAUAAGUGCUAAACAAGAAAUACAAAUUACAAACAUAAUAAAACGAUAGCUUCCUCUACAAUGUCUGCUCUUACUGCGAUGACGACUGAUAGGGUGUCCAUAUCUUCCCAUUUAUUUGAAGAAUUAAUCUUGAUGCACAAGAAAGAGUUAACAAGCAAAAGUCUCCCUGCAGACACCGGCUUCGGUUGUGUGUGUUUGUCUCCAUCUCCGGGUAUGAAUUGAAUGUCACGGAUGAACAACUUCUAGAUUUAUGGCUAAGUCCUCCUGAAAUCCAAAUGAGAACCAUGAUUUAUAAUCUACAAACCCCGUUUCCAUAUGAGUUGGGAAAUUGUGUUAGAUGUAAUUAUAAAUGGAAUACAAGGAUUUGCAAAUCCUUUUCAACCCAUAUUCAAUUGAAUGCACUACAAAGACAAGAUAUUUGAUGUUCAAACUCAUAAACGUUAUGUUUUUUUUUGCAAAUAAUAAUUAACUUAUAAUUUCAUGGCUGCAACACGUGCCAAAGUAGUUGGGAAAGGGCAUGUUCACCACUGUGUUACAUGGCCUUUCCUUUUAACAACACUCAGUAAACGUUUGGGAACUGAGGAGACACAUUUUUUAAGCUUCUCAGGUGGAAUUCUUUCCCAUUCUUGCUUGAUGUACAGCUUAAGUUGUUCAACAGUCCGGGGGUCUCCGUUGUGGUAUUUUAGGCUUCAUAAUGCGCCACACAUUUUCAAUGGGAGACAGGUCUGGACUACAGGCAGGCCAGUCUAGUACCCGCACUCUUUUACUAUGAAGCCACGUUGAUGUAACAUGUGGCUUGGCAUUGUCUUGCUGAAAUAAGCAGGGACGUCCAUGGUAACGUUGCUUGGAUGGCAACAUAUGUUUCUCCAAAACCUGUAUGUACCUUUCAGCAUUAAUGGCGCCUUCACAGAUUCAACAUUCAAGAUUCAAGAUUCAAGAUUAUUUAUUGUCAUAUGCACAGUUAAACAGACAGUUUGCCGUACAAUGAAAAUCUUACUUUCUAGUCCACCCUUCAACAAGUCACACGGUACUUAGCUAAAAUAAAAAUAAAAAUAAAAAUAAAAAUGUAUAUACAAGGCACAGUAAGUAACAUUACAUUAUUGCACAUUCUGAUUGACAGUCAACAGUAUAAAUAUGGAGGUGACAUUGGGUCACAGCAGCAGUUAAAGUGUCUUUAGUGAUCAAAGGUGAAAAGUGUCUACAGUGAUGGUUCACAGUUCGGGGGUGGUCAUGGUAGCUGUCUUUUGUUCAAAAAGAUAAAAGUAAAACGGGGGGGAAGAGUAGCUAGCAUUCACAAGUUAGCAUUCACAAGCCUGAUGGCCUGUGGGUAGAAACUGUUUGUCAGUCUCUUACUCCUGGAUUUCAGGCUCCUGUAUCAUCUGCCUGAUGGUAGGAGGCUGAAGAGACUGUGCUGGGGGUGUGUACUGUCCUUUAUGAUGUUGUGUGCUCUCCUGGUGGUCCUGGUAGAGUACAUGUCCUGUAGUGAGGGGAAGGCUGCUCCUGAUAUGUACUAAGCAGUUUUAAUCACUCGCUGGAGUGCCUUCCUGUCCUUAGCAGUGCAGUUUCCAUACCAGACCGUGAUUGAGCUUGUAAGGACACUCUCAACCGUACUUCUAUGGAAGUUGCUGAGAAUUUUGGGUGGCAUGCCAAAUUUUCUCAGCCUUCUUAGGAAGUACAGUCGCUGCUGGGCUUUCUUUAUUGUUUGUUGGGUGUUGUGAUCCCAGGUGAAGUCCUUGCUGAUGUGGGUCCCGAGGAAUUUAAAUGUUUUCACCCUGUCCACCUUUGUGUAGUGUGUACUCCUUCUCCGUGGGUCAAUAAUCAUCUCCUUGGUCUUGUCUGUGUUCAAGGAGAGAUUAUUAUCCUGACACCAGGCUACCAGUUCCGCUACCUCCUUUCUGUACGCUGCCUCAGCUCCCCCGGUGAUCAGUCCGACGAUCGUAGUAUCAUCUGCAAACUUGAUGAUACUGGUGUUGUUCUGGGAGGCCACAUAGUCGUGUGUGAAGAGGGUGUACAAUAGGGGGCUCAGCACGCAGCCUUGGGGGGUCCCUGUGCUUAGAACCUUUGUGCCUGAUGUCUGAUUUCUGAUUCUGACUGACUGACGGUUUGUGAGAAAGUUCAGGACCCAGUCACAGAGAGUUGGUGUCAGACCAACAGUGAGGAGUUUAGCAGUGAGUUUUUGUGGGAUGACCGUGUUAAAAGCAGAGCUGUAGUCAAUGAAUAAUAGCCUGGCAUAGGUGACCUUGCCCUCUAAGUGGGUGAUGGUGGUGUGGAUGACGGUGUUGACUGCAUCCUCAGUGGACCGGUUCUGCCGGUAGGCAAACUGUAGAGGGUACAGUGUGUCUGGGAUGGUCUUCUUGAUGUGUGACAUGACUAUCCUCUCGAAGCACUUCAUCACUGUUGGGGUGACCUGUCAUUCAGACAGGUCACAGUGUUUUUCUUUGGCAGGGGCACGAUGGUGGUGGUCUUGAAGCAGGUGGGCACAACAACUUGUGCUAGUGACAAGUUGUAUAUGUCAGCAAGUACGUCAGCCAGCUCUGAUGAACACACCCUGAGGGCCUGGCAAGGGAUGUUGUCUGGGCCGGCUGCCUUCCGUGGGUUUGUUCUCCUCAGAACUAUACCUACCUCUGCUGUUGUCACAGUGAGUGGUGGGUCCUGCGUGCGCUCCGUGGUCAGAACCCCUCUCUGUUGGUUGGUGUUGAGGACCUCGAAGCUAGCAAACAUUCUCAUUCAGCUCAUCUGGCAGUGAGCGUUGGCUGUUUGUGACCCCCCUGCUUGUAGUCUGUGAUGUGUUGGCUGUUUGUGACCCCCCUGCUCCCCUGCUUGUAGUCUGUGAUGUGUUGCAGGCCUUGCCACAUGCGCCGGGAAUGUGUAAGUUACCCAUGUCUUGGGCACUAAUACACCCCUAUACCAUCACAGAUGCUGGCUUUUCAACUUUGCGCCUAUAACAAUCCGGAUGGUUCUUUUCCUCUUUGGUCCGGAGGACACGACGUCCACAGUUUCCAAAAACAAUUUGAAAUGUGGACUCGUCAGACCACAGAACACUUUUCCACUUUGUAUCAGUCCAUCUUAGAUGAUCUCAGGCCCAGCGAAGCCGACGGCGUUUCUGGGUGUUGUUGAUAAACGGUUUUCGCCUUGCAUAGGACAGUUUUAACUUGCACUUACAGAUGUAGCGACCAACUGUAGUUACUGACAGUGGGUUUCUGAAGUGUUCCUGAGCCCAUGUGGUGAUAUCCUUUACACACUGAUGUCGCUUGUUGAUGCAGUACAGCCUGAGGGAUCGAA